AUGGCAUUUUCAAUCAAUCUGUCCCAUGCAGACCCGAGAACAGACCUUGUUAUACGUACGUGUGGCAAAGUGCGCGUUCAAAAUGUGUCAAACUACUUCAAGUACUAUUCAAGCAUCACAGAUUACAUGCAAGAUGAGAUUUAUCGCAACAAGUUUGCAUUUAAGGAUACAGGAGAGCCGCCAGAUCGGUUGUAUGUGCUUGCCCAAUGCAUGGAUGAUCUAACUAACGAUGAAUGUGCUAUGUGUUUCUCGCAAAUUAGUACUCUCAUCCCCAGUUGCUUUCCUAGCACCGGUGGUCGCGUUUAUUUUGAUGGUUGCUUUAUUAGGGCUGAGAAUUAUAGUUUCUAUCGUGAAGCUCUUGCCCCUGAAGAUACGAAGGUUCAAACCCUAAGAGGUUUGGAUUGGGAUUCAGAGAUGGGGAAAGGCUUCGUCUUUGUGUUGCUCAUGAGAUGCAGUGGCAUUGUAAACAAGGGGCAAGAAUUUAGCGUUGCAGUAAAGGAAGUGCUGAGUAAGAUGUUAUUGAAGGCUCCGAGUUUCCGAGGCUUUGCUUCCAAGCAUGAGACUUCAAAUGGCAUAUCUGCCUAUGGGAUGGCUAACUGCUGGAAGAUCUUGGACCAUGAUUUGUGUUCCAUUUGCCUGUCAGAGGCGGUUGCAUCUGCCUUAUCAUGCAUUCCAUCUACGGAGGCUCGUGUGCUUAAUGCUGGCUGCUUUCUACGCUAUUCUGAUGCUUCAUUUGCCAAUGAUUCUAAUGGUGAAUACUCCAAAGCGAUAGGUAUUGGUGUUUGUGUGGGUAAACUUACCUAUAGAAGAAAGAUCCGUCUCAAGCAAUCGAAAGAGACGGAGGACUUGUUAUUAGAGGAGAGGGUGCAGUACAUGCAGUUCAAGUACGCGACACUUGACACAGCAACUGAAAGUUUCAGUGAAGCUAAUAGGUUAGGAUGUGGAGGAUUUGGUGAAGUAUUUAAGGGAACCUUACCAGACGGUAGAGAAAUUGCAAUAAAGCGAUUAUAUAUUAGUAGGAAAUUUCGAGUACAAGAGAUUCGUAAUGAAAUGGAAAUUAUUGGUAGAGCACAACACAAGAACUUGGUUCGAUUCCUCGGUUGCUGCUUCACCAGCGUUGACAGCUUCCUUGUCUAUGAAUACCUAGCAAACAGAAGCCUGGAUCUCAUUUUAUUUGAUCCGGCAAAGAAGAAAGAACUUGAUUGGAAAAGGAGAUUUCUAAUUAUCGAAGGAACAGCUGAAGGUUUGGAGUACCUCCACAAGUAUUCUCAAGUGCGGAUCAUUCAUAGAGACAUCAAAGCAAGUAAUGUCUUACUAGACUUGAGACAUCGACCAAAAAUCUCAGAUUUUGGACUAGCAAGAUUUUAUUCCUGUGACCAAUCCCUCGUCAACACUGCCAUUGCUGGAACACUGGGGUACAUGGCUCCAGAAUACAUUGCCAAGGGAAGGUUAACUGAGAAGGUGGAUGUCUAUAGCUUUGGAGUUCUCGUCAUCGAAAUGAUUACUGGAGUACAAAACAACAAAUAUCAAUCCGAGAAAACAUAUGAAACUCUAGUUACCUGUGCAUGGAAGCAUUUCCAAUCAAACACGGUACAAGAGAUCAUUGAUACAAGUAUGACGAUUGAAGAUGCUGAAGACAUCGAAAGAGUUGUUCAGAUUGGUCUCUUAUGUACUCAAGAGUCACCAAAUUUGCGGCCAACGACGACAGAAGUAGUUCAAAUGCUUAGGAAAAAGGAUGUUGAAUUGAGUUCACCAUCCAAGCCUCCUUUCACAGAUGAACUUAUGGAAUUACAUUAUUUAGGCAGCUUGGACCAACAACACCCUUCUACCUUUGGUUUGUGA